AUCAACGGAGCGCAUCAUCAAACUAAUAAUAGACUAUUUAAAGUACCUGGAAGAUAUGGCAUCUCCGGUCUCGUCUCAUGUGGACGCCAUCAUCCAGUUCACGAACUCGACAGACUGGAAUGAGUUCUCCAAAAAUUCCACCUUUCGUAGGCUGGAAAAAAUGAUGUUGACUGGCCAUGAAGAGGCUCAGGUGUUAAGACUGUUGGUCAGCAUGAGUAAAGCUACCCGGGUUCUGGAGAUCGGGAUGUUCACCGGAUGUGCUGCCCUCGCCAUGGCGGAAGCUCUGCCCUGUCAAGGAACAGUGACCACGUGUGAGAUCAAUCCCGCACUAGAAGGCGUCAUCCGGAAAUUCUUCGACAAAAGCCCUCACGGAAACAAGAUAUCCAUAAAAAUAGGCCCAGCUCUUGAUACUAUGCAGACAUUACACGAGGAAGGGAAACAGUUUGACUUUGUUUUUAUUGACGCUGAUAAAUCCAACUAUGGCAACUAUUUUAAGUGUUUACUGGACAAAAACCUGUUAGCAGAGGGGGGUACAAUCUGUGUGGACAACACGCUGUGGAAUGGAAACGCUUACUUGGUACGUGAGGAGAGAGACGAAACCAUGGUGGAUGCUCACGCCAUUCCAGAGUUCAACCAACUGGUGGCUGACGAUGACAGAGUGUACCGGGUUAUCUUGCCGGUACGUGACGGGCUUAUGCUGAUCCGAAGGAAAAUAGACGUAGACGGAGGGGUAAAACCUUAGGACGUAAAAGUAAAAGCUUUGAUAUUAUUUGUUGUUUUCCCGAUUGC